GGGAGGAGAAGAGUGGUGCAGUGUGAGUCGCGUGGCAGUGCUUUACCUCGAUUUCUUCACAGCACAUCCUCCUCUCCUCCUCCUCCUCCUUUUUUUCCUUGACACUCCUCUUAAUAGAGGAGCGACCGGGAGUCGUUUAUAUCCAUCGCUGGAGUGGGAUAACACACACAUCACACCUCAGCCUCAGUCAUGGUGUUCAUCAGCUUGGCUCUCAAAUCUGUCCUGAAGUACUUCAACAGGAACAACAGCGCUGUCAGACUGGACGAGGACAAAAAGUGGUCGGUACACUACACUUCCCAGAAGCCUCAGCAGGAGACACGGCCCUCUUGUGUGGAUGACCGCCGCACCGUACUCAGAGAGUGCAGCAAGAAGCUCAGGAGAGUUGGGUAUGGCAGUUCACAGUACUUCUCCCAAAACCCUGCCUACCUCAGCCCCAGCCUAUCAGAGAACAGGCUGCAUGAUGACAAGGGCAGGAACGACAGACACCGGAAAAAGUCAACCGGGUCAUCGCCAGAUGAGGACCUGUCGGCAUAUUCAUUCAGGCCACCACCGAGCCCCCCUCCAAACAGUUACGAAGCCAUCGAUGACACAGUAAACGGGUGUGACAUCACGGCGAACAGCUGUGACCUCACAGUUGCCGGGGAGUGGACUAAGCCCCUCCCUCUGCCGACACCAGAGGAGAAGAUGAGGCAGCAGGCGCAGGCCAUCGCCGCUGAAAUAGUACCCAUCAACAUCACUGGUGAGGGUUUUGAGCGUCAGGCUAGUUUCCGGCGAGCGUUAGCCAACACAGACACUCUGAUCCGUCAACCCCGGAACAAACUCACACGCCGCAAGACCAUCGCCGGAAUACCUGAUGACAUCACUAGAGAUCUGGAACAUGAAGCUGACGAAGAGCCAGGGUGUGGUGGAUCAGUGGUUUUGCCUGGUCAGUACUCUACUCUGGGCCGAACCGGCAGUGUCAACACAGCCCUCCUACAGCGUUCUCUCGCACAAGGCCCACACACCCAAUCACUCUUGCCCUCUCACACCCAAUCACUCACGCCCUCACACACCCAGGAGGCCGGCCUGUUGGAGGAAAGGAGAGAGGAGGAAAGGGUAGCAGAGAGGAGAAUGGAGGAGAGAAGAGAGGAGGAAAGGGAGGAGAGGAGAGUGAGAGAGGAGGAAAGGGAGGAGGAGAGGAGAAUGGAGGAGAGGAGAGAGGAGGAAAGGGAGGAGAGGAGAGAGGAGGAAAGGGAGGAGGAGAGGAGAGUGAUGAAGCCGUCAGUGCGUCGGAUCCGAGCCCAGAGAGGACAGGGUAUCUCUUCUCUGAUGGCCUCUCUCACCCCGACCCUCACCCCUAACCCCUCCCUCACGCCUUACCUCAGCCUCACCCCCUCCUCUUCCAUGGGCAGUGUCUCCCUGGGGGGUGAAGAUGGAGGAGAGGGGUUCCACAGCCUCCCCCGUCAGGAUGUCCUGUCCUCCCUGAGCUCUGAGAGCAGCUGCCUCAGCACCCCCUACAGGACAUUCUGCAGCAUGGCAUCCUGCUCUAUGGAUCAUGAGUUCCUGAGCCAGUCAGGGGAGGGUCGGAGCAGAAGAUUCCCAAGUCAGAGCACCUUACUGGGGGAGGACUGGAGCUACGAGCCCCUCUUACCCUCCAGCCGCUCCUCCCCCCUUCAUCCUUUCACCUCCAUUUCCUCCUCUUGUCAGACCGACUACAGCUGCUCCGAGUCCCACGGCCACGACUACGCUACCGGCAGCAACCGCAGUCCACACGGUAACCGGGACCACCGCGGUCUCCAUGGAAACAGCCGUAACCUGUCAGGCAGUAUCUCUCUGCGGAAGUCAAAGAGGCCUCCCGCUCCCCCCACGCGCUCCACCUCACUACGGUUUAAAGCUGGCCGGGGGGAAACGCUGCGCUACAACUACAACAACCACACUGCUGGACCUGGAGAGGUGGUCACGAAGGGGAGUCUGACCUCCAGCCCUGCUCCCCUCUCCCCUCCACUCUCUCCAGGGGUGUUCGAGGACCCAUGGGUCCCCCGCUGUAGCAGUGUGGACAGGGGGGGCAGGGCAGGUGCUGAAACAGACAGUCAGAUCAACCAUGUCCCUCCCUUCCACAGCUUCCACCAACAGCCUGGUCAGGAUCAAAACUACCCUUCUAGCCCAAGCCACCAGCAGCCUCACCCAUCUGUCCCCCGCUCAGCCAGUGCUGGAGGGGUGAGCCUGCUGGUGGGACCUAAAAUGGCUGCCUCUUCUCCUAAAAUGUCUGCCACGGCAGGGAGACCUCAGCGGCUGGCCUCUUCCACCUCCAGCGGAUACUCCAGCGAGUGCAACACCCCAACCCUCUCCUGACCCCUCACAUCCCCUUCACCCCUCAUCCCCUCCUCCUCCCUCAACCUCACCUCCUCUUCCUCCCUUCCCAGGACACGUUCUAGCCCAGGGGGAGGAGGGCCAAGACCCCCCAUCCCAGAGAGAAAGUCCUCUCUCCUCUCCUCCCCCUUCUCCUCCUUUUCCUCUACCUCCUCCCUCUCUUCCUACACCUCCUCCGACUCCAGAUAUCCCUCUCUCCCCCCUCCUCCUCCCCUGCCCGGCUCCAGCAUUCUUCCCUGUCUACCUCCACCCUACCCAUCCCUCCCUCAAGGACAAUCACUCCCCUCUCCUCUCCCUGAUCUGUGCAUCUCUCACCAUCUUCCCUCUCCCCCUUCACAGAAGCUUCCCGUUGCCCUGAAGAAGCCCACGGUCAUGCCCCCGCCCUUGCUGAGGACACACCAGACAGACACUCCACCACCACCACCCCCACCCAUAUUGAUAGGUACACCUCCAGAGCCCUUCGUCCCAGAGACACCACCCUUACUGGGGAUAAACCUGUACAGGCCAGAGAUACAGACCCAGCCAGAGAUACAGACCCAGACAGAGUCUCAACCAGAGCCAGAGACAGCAUACCCCUUCCUGAAGUUCUACCAGUCACAGUACUGUGAGGCAGAGGCAGAGAGAGAUACAGAGGCAGAGAGAGAGACAGAGGCAGAGAGAGAGACAGACACAGAGAAAGAGGCAGACACCGAGACAGAGGCAGAGGCAGAGACAGAGGCAGAGACACAGAGAGAGGCAGACACUGAGACAGAGGCAGAGGCAGAGAGAGAGACAGACAUGGAGAACGAGGCAGACACAGAGGCAGAGAGAGAGACAGAGAGAGAGGCAGACACUGAGAGAGAAGCAGUUCCCAGACAGCCACAGAGUGUACCGGUGCCAUACACAGAGCUGGGGAGAUCAGAACCAGAGGAAAUUUGGGUGCUGCAGGAGGAAGAAGAGAAGGAGGAGAGAAAACAUUGGCAGAAGCUGGGGAGAAGAGAGGAGGAGGGUGAAGAGGAAGACAGACGGAGGGGAGCGAUGGAGGAGGAGGACAGCAAUGAUUUUGAAAGCUUCUCUCUGGAAAAGAGGAGAGACUCUCUGAGCAGUCCUCUGUCUACUGACAGCCUGAAAGGGGAGCUACUCCUGCCAGAUCUGUUCAUCCAAGAGGACGAGGGGGAACUGGGGGAACAGAGGAUGGAGUGGGAGAAGAGGGAGGAGAGGUGCAGCCUGGACACAGAUGGGGCCAGCAGCUCCACGGGGUCCCUGACCUCCAGAGAAGACAAUGGUGAGGUGUUUGAUAUUUCUUCAGCGGAGAAGAUGGUGACACCAGCACCACCACGGACUACUGAAGACCUGUUUGCUGCCAUACACAGGUCUAAGAGGAAAGUUCUUGGGCGCAGGAACUCUGAGGAAGACCGAUGCCGUGUCUUUCCCCUAUCCUCCUCCUCUUCUUUCUCCUCCACUCCUCCAGUGACCCCUCCAAGCCCUAGCCCCACCCUUCUGCAACCUCUUGAGGUGUUAGGAUCCAGUAAGGUGAGAGGUCAUAGGUUAGGGGUCAGCAGCAGCAGUGACAGCUUCAAGGCUCUGCUCCUGAGGAAGGGAAGUCGCUGCGACCCUGUAGCUCGCAUGUCUGCAGCCGAGAGACUCCGCAGUACUGCCCCCAAACACAUGAUGGCGGCACCACAUAGCCAGAGCUCACAGAGUCAGAGCUCACGGAGCCAGAGCUCACAGAGUCAGAGCUCAUGGAGCUCACCAAGCCAGAGCUCACAGAGCCAGAGCUCACAGAGCCUGUGCUCACAGAGCCAGCAUUCACAGAGCUCACAGAGUCAAAGCUCACAGAGCUCACCAAGCCAGAGCUCACAGAGCCAGAGCUCACAGAGCCAGCACUCACAGAGCUCACAGAGUCAGAGCUCACGGAGCUCACCAAGCCAGAGCUCACAGAGCCAUCCCCUGUCAGACAUACACCUGCAGCUUGGAGUGGAGUCACACACUCACACCCCUCAGCCCUUUGCACAAACACACACUGUCCAGCUAAUGACGCUACACCUACCCCAGUCCCAGUCCACACACAGACACAGGAGGAGGGCAGAGUGGGCACUCACUGAGGGCACGCUCCCUCUCUCCUCCCUGUCCUCCCCCACGUACCCCUCCCCCUCCCCCUCUCUUUGGGGGUGGCGGCCCCCCCGCUCCCGCACUCCCCCUUGCUCAGCCAGCCGGCGUUUCGCUGCCCGCAGCCGACUACCCAGCAGCCCCAUGACUGCCAUCUCGGAGCGGGAAGGGGAGGGCGAAUCAAUGGAGGGCAAUGGGUUGGCCGUGACAUGCGAUUCCUGCAAGACUUUUGGAUUGAUCAAGCUCACUGUCGGACGUGCCGAGGCCACCAAUGGCAGCCUUGAUUGGCAGCAGAGCAGGUCUAUGGAGACACACACCGUCUUGUGGGUCGGCUAGAGCACCAGACUGGUGAGUCGCUGUCCUACUCAUAUACCCAGGACAGAGGCUUCAGUCCAGGAUCUAGGAGACUUUAUGUAUCCUGCACCCGGGGGAAAUUGUUGGAAGUCGAACACUGUUGAAAAAAAAAAAAACCUACCAGCCACCAGACUGGCUAUUGUACAGGACAGUGGAGGCUGGUGAGCACAGCAAUAGGAGGAUGGGCUCGUUGUAACGGCUGGAAUGGAAUUAGUGGAGUGGAGUUAAACAUGUGUUUGAUACCAUUUGAUUUAUUUCAUUCCCGGUAUUACAAUGAGUCCGUCCUCCUCUCGCUCCUUCCACCAGCCUCCACUGGUACAAGAUGAUUGUCUCUGUUAAUAGAUUAUUGGGUAACAUGAAUGUUGUUUUUUUUCUCUGACCUGUUGUUUCAGUCAAGUAUCUAGUUUUAGUAUGCAGCAGUAGCCAUUUUGAGAUUAAGAAAGCAACAUUGUAUUAUAUUAUUAAAAUAUAUAUAUUAAAAAAAAAUGUAUUUUGAGGUUUCAGUUACCAAAGACAAACUGUCCCUCCCAGUGAAGCAACUGCUGCAGUGGGCAUGUCUGAGAAUGUCUCUUUUGAUUGUGAUUGGCUUAUUGUUUGGAAUCAUGAUUGUGAUUGGUGGAAUGCAUUCUGCUAAAGUUACCCUACCUAUAUUUAUAUUAUUUGAUACUUAAAUAGUCUUUAAAACAAAUCAACAUAUUUAGCAGAUGUUAUUGCGGGUGUAGUGAAAUGCUUGUUUUUCCUACUGUAGCUCCGACAGUGCAGUAAUAUCUAACAAUUUACAACAAAACACACACAUCUAAAAGUAAAAUAAUGAAAUUAAGACAAAAUAAAAAUAUUUCAUGAAUUAAAUCAUCUUAUUUAGUUUUUUUUGACAUUUGACAUAAUUUGAUUGAGACUUUUUUUGUAAAUGUAGUAUGUGCUUCACUUCCCUCAUCUCAUUAUAAAGUAUCUUCUGUCUCGUUUAUUUUUUAUUUAUCUUUAAUACCUUUGUACAUUUUUAUAACAGUUGAUUUUGUGUUCUAUGAGUUUUCAAGUGUAUUUUAUUUGAGAAUUGUGAAGACAAUGGAGUCCCAUUUUUAUAUAGGUUAUCUGGAUUAUUCCUGGUGCUAGAUAUGGGUUUAGGGCUUAGAGGUUAGAGUUAAAGUGUGUACAGAUUGUGUUUAGAUGACAGAUGUGACAUAUCUAUAAGGAUGAAGUCAGAUGAACGAUAGACAGAGAUUAGAGGUGGAGUGGUUAUGGGGGAAGGAUAGAUACAAGGACAGGGUCAUGUAAAAGAGAGAGAGAGAGAGAGAGAGAGAGCGAGAGAGAGAGAGAGAGGGGGCAGUGUGAGGUGAAAAAGAGUAAGAGAGAGAGAGAGAGAGAGAGAGAGAGAGAGAGAGGGGGCAGUGUUAGGUGAAAAAGAGUAAGAGAGAGAGAGAGAGAGAGAGAGAGAGAGAGAGACUGAUGUACAGACUGAUGUACAGACUGAGGAGAAGGCUUAAUGAUGAGUUGAAUAAAGUAUAUUAUGACAGA